AUGCGACUCUCGUUCACCAUCCCAUCCCAAGGUCAUCUAUUCGAUCCCCGUCCCGCCCAGCCCGAACAUGGACGCCGCCAAUGCACCGAGCGACUGACGGGACUGCUUCCUCAGCCUGGCCUGGCUGUCUACUGUGUAUGUAGAGCAUGCUGCCCCAAAGUAUUGACUGUCGACGGAACAUGGAAAGCCACGUCGGCCUUGCAGCCAGCAAACGGUCAGUGGCCGCAUCCAUGGGGCCACCUCGCCGCACACUGUCCCCAAUCAUCCCAGCCCGAUUCGCCAUACAAGUUUAUCCACCCAACUACCCUGGACCAAAGCAGACACUCGAUCACUUCUAUCGAUAUCGAGUCGAGCGACUCCCACCUCGGGAGCUUCAAGGUUCCGUCUUGGAUGAUCGGGAACAUGGCAUGGUCCGCGCAGAGGAUCAGCAUUGAUGCGAACGGCGUACGGGAGCUCGAUGCUCGGCCAAACUUGGUGUCAUGGCCCAGGCGUACCCACUCUGGAGAUACCGUACGCACCCUAACGUGCCUAUUUACUGUAGAUGUCCAUGCAUCGGGCGUGACACGAGAGGGCUUUCUGGCUGCUACAAGAGCAUGGAAGUGCGCCCAAGCAAGCACACUUUCGGCAGCAAGGCAUGCUGCAGGAAAUGAAAGUCUGCUGUCACGUGAGAAAUGGGCCAGUACUGCAGGUGCACCUGGCUACAAUCCAUCACAACUCCACACUCCAGCAAUAACGCAACAAAAGAGAUUCAGCACCCCGCCCGGCAACAUGUCGUAUCAUCCGCGCAUGAGUAUGGCGCGCACAACAACGCAGCAUCAGCAACAGCGCGCCCCCGCAGCCAAUGAGCACGAUGCAUUCAUGACCUUGCCCGACAGCGAAAUUGCGGGAUGCAUUACAGACAUUGGCAUCAGCUUCAGCGUCUCGGAUCUGCAGAAGCCGAACCCUCAAAUCAUCCAAAAGGUCUUCGAGUGGCUGGCCGAACUGCUGAUGAACACUACACGCGAAGUAGUUGCGCCCGCUGUGCGUGCAGCGGCCGAAGACAUGUGUGGGCAGGAUGCAGAGCGCAUCUUCACCAGCGACACGCGCGAUUUAAUGGCCUUCUUCGUCAUUCUGCGAAAACUUCUGCGCGAGUGUGGCAUCCACGACUUCACCUUCAACGAUCUUUACAAGCCCACACACGGUCGUCUGGUCAAGAUAUUCUCCUACAUGAUCAACUUCAUCCGCUUUCGCGAGUCGCAAACCGAGGUCAUUGACGAACACUUCAACAAAGCCGAACGCACUAAGCUUCGCAUCGAGCAGCUAUACAAUGACAAGCAGGCCAAGGAGAUGCAGCUGGCAGAUUUGGAGCGCAAUCGCGCAGCAACUCAGAAGCUGAUGCAGGAGAAGGAGAAGCGUAACAAUGAGCUUAAAAACAGACUGCUUGAGCUCAAGAGGGGCCAGGAGGCCGUUGCCGACAAGCUAGAACGGGCACGGGCUGAGCAAAAUCGCCUCAAGGAGCUGCUUCAGCACAAGGUCGAAGCCAAGGAAAACGUUCAACGCGAGGUGCUCAAGCUGAAGCCCUAUACACAACAAAGUCCAACUGCACUGGAAGACUCGUUGCGUGACCUCAACGAUCGUCUUUCGACCGACAAGACCCAAAUCGACGCCCUUGACCGCCGUGCGCGCGCUCUCCAGACCUCCACAGACUCGUUUGCUGUUGUAGCCACCGACGUCACCUCUUGCACCCGACUUCUCACAGACGUCCAGGCCGAUCUCGCAAGGGAAGAAGAGGAACUUGCCAAGGCCGGAAGGCACAGAGAUGCAUUGGCAGACCGCAGUAAUAAUGUGCGUGACGUUGAGCGACAAGAACGUCUUCUCCAGAAACAACUCAGCAACAUCAACGCGCGAACAGACAAACUCAAAUCCAAGGCCGACGACGAAGCCGAACGAGCGCGGAAACGCAUGGAAGAACUUGGAGAGACGCACGCCAAACUGGCCGAAGAGAGGAGCGAGAAGGGCCGUGAGAUGGAGAGGCGUCGUGUGCGCAUUGAACAGACCGAGAAGAAGAUGGCGGAGCUCAAAGACAACAUUGAGAACGAGGUACACGCUGCGCACGACGAGUAUCUCAAGAUGGAAAGCCACAUCAAACUCUACAUUACAGAGAUGGAGCAGAGUAUACCUUGA